AUGAAUGACCUGCUGAAGGUGCCCCUGGUGCACGUCCUCACCCUGGCAGCCCUCAGCUUGGCCGACACGCUCCCAAAAGCUCCCUUGAUCAGCACUCCUCUGGAAACUGUGGAUGCGCUGGUAGAGGACGUCGCCAAGUUUGUCUGUGUAGUGGAGUCGUACCCUGAGCCAGAGAUUACGUGGACGCGCAACAGCAUUCCCAUCAGGCUGUUCGACACCAGGUACAGCAUACAGAGAAAUGGGCAGCUCCUGACCAUUUUGAGUGUGGAGGACAGUGAUGAUGGGGUGUACUGCUGCACGGCGGAUAAUGGGGUUGGAGCAGCCGCGCAGAGCUGUGGGGCUCUCCAAGUGAAAAUGCGACCCAAAAUAACCCGACCACCGAUAAAUGUGGAAAUAAUAGAAGGGUUAAAGGCUGUUCUUCCAUGCACCACAAUGGGGAAUCCAAAACCUUCUGUUUCAUGGAUCAAAGGAGAAACAGUUGUAAAGGAGAAUGCUCGCAUUGCUAUCCUUGAUUCAGGGAAUUUAAGGAUCCACAACGUUCAGAGAGAAGAUGCAGGACAAUAUCGAUGUGUUGCCAAGAACAGCCUGGGCACAGCCUAUUCGAAACCUGCAACUGUGGUAGUGGAAGUUUUUGCCAGAAUCCUGAAGGCUCCUGAAUCCCAAAAUGUCACCUUUGGGUCUGUGGUGACGUUGCGGUGUGCUGCGACCGGCCUUCCAGUCCCCACUGUCACCUGGCUGGAAAAUGGGAAAGCUGUUUCUGCAGGGUCUAUAGCGGAAAGUGUCAAGGACAGAGUGGUUGACUCGAGACUGCAGGUGUAUGUCACCCGACCUGGCCUGUUCACUUGCCUUGCCACAAACAAACACAGCAAAACUUUUGGAGCUGCAAAAGCCGCAGCAACCAUCAGCAUUUCAGAGUGGAGCAAGCUGUACAAGGGUGAUGCAGGCUACUGCAGCACAUACAGAGGUGAGGUGUGUAGUGCUAUCUUGGCGAAGAAUGCUCUUGUUUUCUUCAACUCCUCCUAUGCUGACCCAGAGGAGACUCAAGAGCUGCUUGUACACACUGCCUGGACUGAACUGAAAAUGGUGAGUUCAUUCUGCCAGCCGGCCGCUGAGUCUCUGCUGUGUAACUACAUCUUCCAGGAGUGCAAUCCCUCGGGAGCUGGGCCAGCUCCAAAACCAGUGUGCAGAGAGAAUUGCCUUGCUGUAAAGGAUCUCUACUGCUUUAAGGAAUGGCUCUCAAUGGAGGAAAACUCUCAGAAGGGGAUUUACAAGCCAGGGCUGAUGCUGCUCACACUUCCUGAAUGCAACAGGCUGCCCAGCCUGCACCAGGACCCCAGCACCUGCACCCGCAUCCCUUUUUUUGAUUUUAAGAAGGAGAAUAUAACCAGGACUUGCUACAGUGGCAAUGGCCAGUUUUACCAGGGCUGGGCCAACAUCACGGCCUCUGGCAUUCCCUGCCAGAAGUGGAGUGACCAGGCUCCCCAUUUGCACAGGAGGAAUCCUCAAGUUUUUCCUGAGUUGUCUGAUGCUGAGAAUUACUGCCGCAAUCCAGGAGGUGAGAAUGAACGUCCCUGGUGCUACACAAAAGACCCAUCUGUGACCUGGGAAUACUGCAGCGUGUCUCCCUGUGGAGAUGCAUCGCUACCACUAGGAACAAGAAAACCAAAUGGAGAGACUCCACAUCUCCCCCCUCCUCCUCCUCCCUUUUCCCCUACAUACUCCAUGACUGUUAUCAUCUCAAUCAUCUCCAGCUUUGCCCUGGUUGUGUUCCUCAGCAUUGUCACCCUGGUUUGCUGCCGUCGGCGAAAGCAGUGGAAAAACAAAAAAAGAGAGUCAGAGACACCGACGCUCACCACUCUGCCCUCUGAGCUCCUCCUGGACCGGCUGCACCCCAACCCGAUGUACCAGCGGAUGCCCCUUCUCCUCAAUCCAAAAUUGCUCAGCUUGGAGUAUCCCAGGAACAAUAUUGAAUACGUGAGAGAUAUUGGGGAAGGAGCAUUUGGGAGAGUCUUCCAAGCAAGGGCCCCAGGGCUGCUGCCAUAUGAGCCUUUCACAAUGGUGGCAGUGAAAAUGCUGAAGGAGGAAGCGUCCGCAGACAUGCAGGCUGACUUUCAGAGGGAGGCAGCCCUCAUGGCAGAGUUUGACAACCCGAAUAUUGUCAAGCUUUUAGGUGUGUGUGCUGUUGGGAAACCGAUGUGCCUGCUGUUCGAGUACAUGGCCUACGGGGAUCUCAACGAGUACCUGCGUGACCGCUCGCCCCGCAACCUCUGCAGCCUGGUGCACAGUAGCCUGGACACACGGAUCCGCCUCCCCAACCCCAUGGCGCUGAGCUGCACCAGCCAGCUCUACAUUGCCAAGCAGGUGGCUGCCGGCAUGGCGUACCUCUCCGAGCGCAAGUUUGUCCACCGGGAUUUGGCUACCAGGAACUGCCUGGUGGGGGAGAACAUGGUGGUCAAAAUUGCCGAUUUUGGUCUCUCGCGGAACAUGUAUUCAGCUGACUAUUACAAAGCGAAUGAGAACGACGCCAUCCCCAUCCGCUGGAUGCCCCCUGAGUCCAUUUUCUACAACCGCUACACCACAGAGUCUGACGUGUGGGCCUAUGGCGUGGUGCUGUGGGAGAUCUUCUCCUACGGCAUGCAGCCCUACUACGGGAUGGCUCACGAAGAGGUCAUCUACUAUGUGAGGGAUGGGAACGUCCUCUCCUGCCCGGACAAUUGUCCCCUGGAGCUCUACAACCUGAUGCGCCUGUGCUGGAGCAAGCUGCCUGCUGACCGGCCAGGCUUCGCCAGCAUCCACCGCAUCUUGGAACGCAUGUACGAGAGGGCUGUGGCCACCCCGUCGGUCUGA